CAAACACCGGGAUUUCGCCCCGAAACACUCUCGCUCUGAAUAGAGGUUAAAGCAAGUUCAUUCUGAACAGAAACUUCUAGAUUGCUGUAAACUCCGAGGAAAGUUAGCUAUGGCACAAGAGCACUUACAAAGCUAGAGAAGCUGGCCAGCGUGCAGUAAUCCUUCACUAUUCAUGGUCUAGCUCACUGUGACUGCUUGUCGGCCCCACUGCCAUCACUUGCCAAGGCUCACCACGCUUUUCCUUCCAGCCAAGACUUCAUUGCUUCAGAUCGUUCACAGGCAGAGCCGGGCCCAUCUCCCAAGCUACCCCAUAGUAAGGAACUAUUGCUUGAGUCACUUGCUCAAUUAGUCAGACGUUUCAAGGUUGUCCUUUUUGGCAAGAAGCAAAAUGGUGGCUCCUCUGGUUAUCAAGCGGACUUCACACAACCUCGUCAAAAUCCCCAAGGCUUUUGAUAGUGCAAUUGUUCCGAGCUGGAAUUUCAUAAGUGCCGCCAGAGACACCAGGUUGCCCGUUAAGGGUCAGAGCCGAGUGCAGAGUCUCUACCUGCAUGUUACAUGUAAAAAUGUACGAGAUCUGCCUUGUCCCACAGCCAGUCCUCCGUCCAAUACCGUCACAGAAGCUGUUGCUGUCUCCCCAAAGCCACCAAGGGCCAAUGACAAGUCAGCUUGUUCAGAAGGUAUUCAGGCCUCAACUGGUUUAGGGGCCAAGAGAAAAACAGAUGAACAGUGUCAAGAUAAUGUGAAUAACAAGCGAAGCAGAGCAACGGAAAAGUCAUGAGUUUGGAACUCGCUUCAGAGGAACAUGUAUCUCAGGGGAAGUGACACCAGCACAAGAUGAGGAAAUAACUUGUAUCAUACAUAAUGAGUGUUUUCAGUAAUAGAUAACAGGGCAAUAUGGUCUCUGAAAUUUUGCUUUUGUGUCAAAUAGGAGAAUAAGGUUGUAUGAUUACUGUAUUCUGUUUCAUGGAUUUAUAUUUACCUGUUGAAUUUAGAAAUAGAGAGAUAGUUUUUUUUUUAUGUAUCCAAUUAGUACAUAGUCAGUUUCUGUGCCUCUGUUAUCAGGGAAUCCUUUUUCAGCAUUAUUCAGAUGCAAGCACCCUGAAUUGUACUACACAUAUGGCAAGACAUUUUGUGCCAAACAGUGAAGAACCUGUGUUCCAUGCCUGCAUUAUUAUUCUAGUCCCAUUCAGUUAAUCAACUGCAGCGGUCAUUAGAUAUUAACAUUUCCCCAAAUGACUGUACGCACUCAUGUCAGAAAUGGUAAUCAAGAGUUUUCUCAAUUUUUUGUUUUUCUGAACAAUAUAUUUUAUUUUUACUUCCAAAAGCAAUACUUGCUUAAAGAAAUAAGUAUGAUUUGAAUGAGUGCAAAUAAAGUAUACUGUUAUUACGCUUACAAGAAUCUGUGAUAGUAAGGAUUCGUCUACUUCACCCAGUGGCUGUGGGCUUGUGCAGUGGCUGUUGUACUUUUUUUGUGAAUUUCAUUGCUUAGUCACCAAGACUGUCGACUGCACAUGAUUUCCGCAUUCCUUCAGUUUAUAGGAUUUUUUUUUUCUUUCCAUCAUUAUUAAAUUUGAUUGUUAUUAUUAUUAUUGAUAUGAAGAUUAUUAUAAUUGAGAUUAUGAUAAUUAUUUUUGACAUUGUGAUAAUUAUUGUACUAAUAACACUAAAGUAUAAUGUAAAAAUAAAAGAGAAUGUUUCCAAAAAAUGAAAAAAUGGUAAGCAGGUGAGCUAAGUAGGAUUAAUUAACAACUGACGCUUUGGUGAUCAAGGGCUCGUGCAGCCAUCUCGUUGAAAAUGCAGUCAAUAAAAUCCCAGUGGACACGCCAUGAAUUUUUGCCAUCUGCAGUUGGGUUAAGGAGAUAAAGGUAUAUUGUGAUACUGUGCAAUAAGAAGGAAUUGAUAAAAAAAA